AUGGUGCAGAAGAAGGCAAAGCGCACGAAGCGCUCUGUCUCAGACGCUAUACUGGCGAAUGCUGAAGCAUCGCGAAAGCCAGAUCUACUCAACUUCCUGCCUAUAGACAUCAUGCAUGAGAUCUUUCUCAGUCUGCAGCCAAGCGACUUACUCAAUCUUUCGCGAACGUCGAAGACGAUCCAUUCGUUCCUGAUGAAGAGGAGCUCUGCGUCCUACUGGAGAGAGUCUUUGAAGAAGGUUGACGGCCUCCCUCCGAGUCCAGAGAAACUAAUAGAACCGGCGUGGGUGGCUCUAGUGUUUUCGCCCUUCUGCACAGCGUGUGGAAAGGGCACACCGCUAGGAGCUUUCUGGGCACUCUACAUGUGA